AUGAAAAGGAAGAAUCCAUUUGCAUCAGGACAGGAGAAGCACCAAGACAAGAAACACGCGGCGCCCAUGUCCAUUGAUGAGGGGAAGACCGAACCAGAAGAUUCGAGGACAACGACGGACGCGGCCAAGGACCCUGGUGCCCCCGAUAACGAAGACGACUUGAUUGAGGCCGUGGUUCUCCGCCAAGAAGAUCUUGUACCGCCAAGGGAAAAAUUCUCAUGGAGUCCAUCGCUUGCCACUGCUCCGUGGAGCGAACAGUACACGGCGCUGGAGCAUUUCAGGCAAUCGAUCAAGUUCCACCCGUCGUCAAUCCAAACUGCCGCCUUUCCUGAUGCGGAAGCAUGCUUGAACGGACUUGUUGUCCCCAGCGCGGAACAUCUUCGAUCCGCGUUGUCGCGGAGUGGGCUGUAUUGCAUCUCCGAGUACGUACAAUGCGUGGGCGAGUCAGCGACUGUUCAUUCAGGGCUCUUCAUUCCCGUGCUCCUGCGACGAUCCAUCAACGAAAAAAGGUUUAUCCGCGAUGCUGCGCAUGAGGCCCUGGACCACGUGGCAACGUGUUGCAGUCCCCUCGAGCUUCUCCAGGUUUUGGUGUCGUUUUCGAACGACAAGAACCCCAACUUGGUUGCGACCGUACGUGUUUCCUUGGAGAUCGCCGCGAUGGCAUGCCAUGUCGACUGGGCCGAUAACGUAGCAAGGCCAUCAUGGAUUCCAUCAAAAAGCCCGUGUUGUCGUCGUGCAAGUGAAUCGGAUUUGCAUGCUGCCACGAGCUCGAUGAUCUCCUGGAAAGGCCUUUCGGCGUCAUUAUCCCUGUCGACCUUGGGUGCUCGCCGGGGUGCAUCGAUGGGACAAAAGUGACGUUAUCGUGUGGUGUAGGCCGGGAAAUACGUGGAGAAAAUUCUGCGGAGAUGUCAAGACAACACAACGCCAAAUCAAUGGUCCACGUGGCAGCCCCAUGUGUCGUCGUGGCUGCCGUCGUUGGCCCAGUUCCUUGCGUGCCGCGUUGUCGCUUGCAAGAACGACACCAAGCGCGCAUUUGCCUUGCUCCGCGAUGUGGUGGGGGCCGCCGAGAUGACGCAGCUUGCAAAUGACCAACUCACGGGCAGCGCCCUCGUCGACGUGCUGCAGCUUGUAAAACCGCCAUCGAAAAAAGCAGCACGAAUACAACCAACGACACGGCCAGGGGCAAGCUUGAGUUUGCGAGAGCGAAUGCGACAACAGCAGCACCAAAAUCGGAAGGCGCCGCCGACACAGCACCUUACCACCGCUGCGGCCCCGAACCAGGACCAAGGACUAGACAGCAAAAAACAAGAUGCAUAGAACUUGUACAAGUCAAGUUUGUGCCGUGAGGUGCUGGGUGCACUUAAUCUGCCUCACUUCUGCGAUGGACCGUGGCAGGUGUGGACAACGCAGCUGGCUUCGCUAGAAAAGCCGCAACGUGACGCGCUGGAGACGUUGAGGAGUCGUCGCGUCCACGUGGUUUGGAAAGCUCGUGAAUGCGUUCACGUUCGCAUUCGUGGUCGUCUGGACGUCGAUGGAUGGGAGAGGGCCAGCGAUGUAUGGCAGAAGCAAAGUGGCACGGCAGACGCCAGCCACAUCGCAGGACAGGUCGACCGAGGCGUCAGGCGACAGCGUCGCAUCUUGAGCGAGCAAACUCUGGAGCAACGACGCCGCUGUUGUCGUCGGUGUCACUCGAAGGAUCGCGGGCACAGUUCCCAGGGUAAAAUCGGCCGAGUAUGUCGAUGUGGCGAGCCCAGUGCUGGUGGGGUACACCAGAAGGGUUACAAUGGUGGGGGUGAGCGUGAUCACGACAGCUGAAUGGGCGAGCGGAGGCACGAGAGGACAGGAGCUCGCGGCAUAGCACGACGUGACCACCAAGUCGGCGGGGGUGGCUGAGGUUUCAAGUAGGCUCGAGAUGUCGUCGAACGGCUGCGACGACGACAGUGAAGUGGCGACGGACGCUAGGGCACCGGCAAAGGUCGUGCCAAAGGUGCCACACGGACACGGUGUGGGGCCGACGAUGUACUGCGACGUGUUAAGGGGCUGGAUCGUCUGGACUAGCGACGCCUCGGAGGCUACAAUACGGUGCGCCAACCCUUGGCCCGACGUGACUACCGCCAGGCGCGGCAGGCGCCCGACAUGAUCUUUGUACACGAUCGUGAGAACGUCCUCGGCGGCUGACGUGUCCCAGUCGACAAGGACCGACGAGAUGGACGUGACGGCCAUGAGUUGACCUUGAAGAGUUGUGGCGAGGCUGGCACAGGCCGACGUGUUGGUCCAGCGCGCCGACGCCACGACGGUGCCGUUGUCCAAUCGGUACUACCAUGGCAUGUCACGGUGACAUCUCGUGAAGUCGA